AUGAAAAGAAAAAUGAAAUUGAAGAAAGCAAAAGUGAAAAUUGAUUCUAAAAAAAAACUGAAGAAGCCUAUCAGAAAUAUCAUUAGUGAUCAAGAUAUAGAAAUAACAGAACCGAAAAGAAAGCGCGUUGGGAUAACAGAUGAAAGCAUCGAGGAAGAAAAACCCUUAAAAAUACUUAAAAAGGAAGUUAUUAAAAUAGGCAAAGGACGUGUUGGUCACGUUGGAUACGUGUUAGUCAAAUACCAAAACAAAAAAUACCCUGGAUUGGUAUCAGAUGCUGAGAAUGAUGAAUAUGAAGUAACUAUAAACGAGAAAAAAAUAAUGGCUGCCCACCGAAUACUAAAAAUUAAUAUUAUAAGUAAAGUCAGGCAAAUUGAUUGCGAUAAUAUUCAAUUGUUUAAUAGUGUCUCAGGUUUGUUAAACAAGAUGGUCGUUUUAAUAAAAAUUCAAAUUUUUUGUCUAGCUGCAGCUGGUAUUUUCGCUUAUCAAGGUUCUGAAGAAAACGAACGACUAAUACCAUAUAACCUGCGGGAUAAACCUACUAAAACCAAUAAUGAUUCAUUAUCAGCUCUUCUUAAUUCUAAUAAUCAGGGAAAGAAAAAGGUGUCUUUGACUCCUAAAGAACUGGCUCAUUUGAUUGCUUCUUCCCUAAUUCACAGUUUAAGACCACGGAUGUUUUCGGAUUCAGAUCCGCAGUUUGAUACAGCAGAGGAGAACGUAAGUUCUGAUGUAAUGUUGGAUGAGGGAGAGGCCGAAAAAUUGAUCCAACAAGCAUCAGAUUUGGAUUUACUACAGUAAAUUUAACUAAAAUAUAAGAUAAUCUGAAAUCUAGUAUAUUAUGUAUUCAAUAAAUUGUUUUACAAAUAUUUUGACAAAAUUAAUAAUAACAUUAUGCAAACGUUUCUACUCAUGAACUAAAGUCAAUCUGGC